CUAUUAAAUGUUAUUAUAUGCAGCGACAAGCGAAACAUGAACUAAACAUUUCUUCGUCUCCCUCUCGGUGUUUUUUCUCAAAAGUCUGAUAUGAACCAAGUCAUACAUAUAUAUUAAUUCUUUAUCAUGUUAUAUGUUGAUCCUGGGCUUGAUGUGUGCUGAGCAACUGGCCAGAUGUUGAGCGCGGAACUGCUGUCGCUGACCUCGGUGCUGAACACGACGUCAGAUGAACCUGCGCGCACCACAGGAGACACGAUCGAGCCUCACUCCCUCUUUGAUUUAUAGAAGCUUCCCCGACCACCUCUGCUUUCUAAACUUUGAACGCGUUUAUUUUUCCGUUCAUUCAUUCUCUCUCUAUAUAUCUCUCUUACUCGCACUCUCUAUUUUUUAUUCCGGAAAAAUCCACAGCCGAUCGAUCCCACGGCGCUGACAGUUUCACUCAUUUUUGUGUUCCGUCGUGAUGGCACUCGGCGUGGCUACUGUGCGCCGGGCAGGAGCUGGUAUGGUGGCGGAUGAAGGCGCAAAGCCGCUGCAGUUGGCCAUCCUGCGCCGUAACAUGACGGUUAAGAUUUAAAAUACAAGUGAGAAACAGGCCUAUACGUAGAAAUCGGACAUGGAGUCAGUAAAGACGAGAGCCGCGGCGGGGGUGAAGGACUUUGCGGGGAAGACCCUGGGUCAAAUGUACAGAGUGAUGGAGAGGAAACAGAAAACCGGGGAGGUGAUCGAGCUGACGGAGGAUGGGCGGCCCCGCGAGGCCGCGGAGAAGAAACCCCCGCUGUGCGACUGCAGCUGCUUCGGUCUGCCCCGCCGCUACAUCAUCGCCAUCAUGAGCGGCCUGGGCUUCUGCAUCUCCUUCGGUAUCCGGUGUAACCUAGGCGUGGCCAUAGUGGGCAUGGUCAACAACAGCACCAUCCACCAGAACGGCAAGAUCGUCAUCACGGAGAAAGCCAAGUUCAACUGGGAUCCACAAACGGUGGGACUCAUUCACGGAUCGUUUUUCUGGGGCUACAUCGUUACACAGAUCCCGGGGGGAUACAUAUGCUCAAGGCUGGCAGCAAACAGGGUAUUUGGUGCAGCCAUUGUGCUGACCUCAAUCCUCAACAUGUUCAUUCCCUCGGCUGCCCGCGUCCACUAUGGGUGUGUCAUCUUUAUCAGGAUAUUACAAGGGCUGGUGGAGGGAGUGACCUACCCGGCUUGUCACGGUAUCUGGAGUAAGUGGGCUCCUCCGCUGGAGAGGAGUCGACUGGCCACCCUCUCUUUCUGUGGCUCUUAUGCUGGAGCUGUGAUAGCAAUGCCUCUAGCAGGGAUCCUGGUUCAGUAUUCAGGCUGGUCCUCUGUGUUCUACAUCUACGGAUGCUUUGGCAUGCUUUGGUAUGUGUUCUGGAUCCUCGUGUCUUAUGAGAGCCCAGCUGAACAUCCCACCAUCACUGAUGAGGAGCGCUGCUACAUAGAGGAGAGCAUCGGAGAGAGCGCCAAGCUGUCGGGUCCUGCCGAGAAAUUCAAGACCCCCUGGAAGAAGUUCUUCACCUCUAUGCCCGUCUAUGCAAUCAUUGUGGCAAACUUCUGCAGGAGCUGGACGUUUUACCUUCUGCUCAUCAGCCAGCCUGCGUAUUUUGAGGAGGUCUUUGGCUUUGAAAUAAGCAAGGUCGGCAUGCUGUCCGCGCUGCCACAUUUGGUGAUGACCAUCAUCGUGCCCAUCGGCGGCCAGCUGGCCGACUACCUACGCAGCAGAAACAUCCUGACGACAACCACUGUCAGGAAAAUCAUGAACUGUGGAGGAUUUGGCAUGGAGGCCACAUUGCUGCUGGUAGUGGGGUAUUCCCACAGCAAAGGAGUGGCCAUUUCCUUCUUGGUACUGGCAGUGGGCUUCAGUGGAUUUGCUAUAUCAGGCUUCAAUGUCAAUCACCUGGACAUCGCUCCACGCUACGCCAGUAUCCUAAUGGGAAUCUCCAAUGGUGUGGGUACCCUGUCUGGGAUGGUGUGCCCAAUAAUCGUUGGUACUAUGACAAAGAACAAGACUAGAGAAGAGUGGCAGUCUGUGUUCCUGAUUGCCUCCAUGGUGCAUUACGGAGGCGUGAUCUUCUAUGGAAUCUUCGCUUCGGGAGAAAAACAGCCGUGGGCCGACCCAGAACUGACCAGCGACGAGAAGUGUGGCUUCAUAGACGAGGACGAGCUGGCGGAAGAGACGGGCGACAUCACGCAGGGUUACGGGGCCUUCGGAGGUCAGGCGAAGUCGUACGGUGCCACCACGCAGGUGAACGGGGGCUGGGCUUCAGGCUGGGAGAAGACGGAGGAGUACGUCCAGGAAGAAGCUCAAGCGGGGGGCUACGGAUACAGGCAGGACGAGGGAUACUCCUAGACCCGAACUCCCGCGUCCACCGACACACGAGUAGAGUUAUUUUCCUGAGUGUGUGUCAGUUUAGUCAAAAAAGAAUAAACAAAUGAGUAAGUAAAACCUAAAUCCGUUGUUGUAUCAUUUGCACACAUUCAGAAAGAAUAUAAAUACGUAAAAAGCUAUCAACUUAAAUGUAAAGAUUGUGUAAACACAAUUCAAAGAUAUUGGAUUAAUAGAGGUGUAAUACAUAUCAAAUUGGCAGUUUGUAAAUGUAUUAUUAUGCAUAUUGGUAAUAGAUAUAUUCAUUUGGAGUGCAAUUGUGUAAAUGUGAACGUUUUCAUCCCAUCAGCCGAGGCUUUGUGACCACGCUGAAGCCAGUAGGGUCACAUAGGAGCUGUUCAUCAAAGUGCCGACCACAUAUUUAUCAAUUUAACUGUGACAGUACAACGUCCUACAAGCCAGCCAUUACAUUGUAUUGAUAUGUCAAUCCACAGUGUGGAGAACAAAAAACUAGACCCUCUGUUGAUAUAGAUUUGACUGUAUCUCUCCCACUCAGAGUGUCCUUUAAUGCACAAUAUGAUGAUUAUUGUUUUCUUAUCACCGGCUUCUGUGUGUGUAAAAGUUCUUAACAUGUAAGUGAGCUUGUGUAGAGACUCGAGUGGCAUAAUGACUUGUGAUGAUCGUUUGGUUACACUUUCAUGUAAAAAAAAGGAAUAUGUUUGCAACAUGUGAUCCACUUCGGGACUCGGUAUAUUUGAUUUGAGUGAACCCGACCUGUUAAAUCUCUGCACCGCGGUGCAGGAGUAAAGCCAUUGUCAUUAUUAUACUCCCUGUAACGGUCAGUCUAGUUGCACCAGUGCAUUGUUGAGUGAUUUGAUUUAAGUGAAACAUAUAUGGCAGAGAUAAAGAUAUAGAGUAAAGAUGUAUGAUAUUACAUUUAUAUGUGCAAACAAAUAAAGGGUUUGUGCAAUGAGUUUGGAAAAGUACAGAUGAAUCAAAAAGUCAGCAAAACUUAUAAUGUUUAAUGAGAUGACAAAAAUGAAUGAAAAAGUAUGUGAAAUAUAUUUGUAUGAUCACAUGGAUAGAGAAUAAUUUUAAUGUUAAAAUCAAGAAUUUAUCAAGGAUAUCAGAUAUUAUGAGAAAAGAAAAGUCUGGCAAUGAGAAGGGUUUCUGGCUGCUGAAUAGAAAGAACAAGCAAACGCAGUACAGAAUCUCUCUUGUCCUCAUUCUGCGCGUACAAUGACAAAGUCUGACGGGGGGACAGUUUUGUUUAAUUUGUCUGUGGAGACGCGACACAAUGUAGAUGUGUGUGGAUGUGUAUUUAUGCAUGAAACAAAGUGCAUUUUGUGGUGUGUCCGUUUCUUUUGCUUUCAAACUUAUUUCUAUUUGUCUCAGAAACUGUUACUGAUGCUUCAAUUUCGUUGCACAAUCAACCAAAGGGGAGGAGAAGACCUGGGUUUUAGCUGGAAGUCAAAUAUUUUUCAAGGGAGUACGGACCAUCAGCAGUGAGGCUGCAGCGUUUGGACCCCACAGAGUGCAGGCGGCACCGAAACAUUACUCAGUGUACGAAGCAAUAAAUCCAUAGUAACAGUUCUGGUCCAAACGUCAUGAACAGUCAUUAUGUAUGUUUUUUAUGCCUUUGUUUAAGAGUCGUGUUUUUUUGUGAUCACAAAUGUAGAAAAAUCAAUGAAUAAAAACAGAGAAAAAACUAAAAUAUAUGUAUGAAAAAUAUAGUAAUAGAGUCCAACACAAACGUCUUUGCCAACAAGGAAGAGUUUGUGCCCGGGCUGCUCACCAGAUGAGAAUGAUAAAAAGAGCUCUGCCUGAGAGGCGGACGCUCUUCUUCAUGUUUCUGUCUCUGUUUUCAGUGUGUGCUGUGAUUCACCCCCCCAAUCCAAUGUUCCUCAUAUGGUGGCUGGACACUUGCGUCCUACUUAACCAUGUGCACUACCCCUCUCCAGCUGUUCAACCCUGAUUCUAUUCUCACAAUAUUCAUCCACAUUAAGGAUGAAGGCGAUUGUACAUUUUCAAAAAUGAGAAAUGUGCAACCAAAAGUAGUUAAAAGUUUCCUGUUUCUGUGCCUCUGAAGUUACAGUGUGAUUCUAUGCCUUCUGUUGCUGUGUAAAUUGAGAGAUUUGUUGGUGUCGAAAUGAAAUACUCUAUAUCAUUUUUGAUAAAAAAAAAAAAACAAGCA